AUGCCUGAGAUGGCACCUGGUUACCCAGAGCCCCUCGUUAUUUCGCCACUUGAUGUGCAUCAGUAUACCUUCAUCCUCCUCCAUGGCCAGGGCUCAAGUGCUGUGAAAUUUGGGCCCACUCUUCUGUCGUCUCCAAUAUCUGGCCUCCCCGGUUCUACAUGCCCAGAGUGCACGCUUGCAUCUACAUUCCCGCACGCCAAGUUUGUGUUCCCUACUGCCUCCAGGCGUCGCGCGACUGUCUAUAAGCGGAGCAUUAUCAACCAGUGGUUUGAUAGCUGGACUCUUAGCACAGAUACAGCACCCCCUGCAACAGCUCUUGAGAGACAGAUGCGUGAAUCGCUCCAAAUCGAUGGGCUCCGUGAGACAGCCACCUAUCUUCACGAGUUACUGAGGCGAGAGGUAUCAUUGCUUGGAGGCAAUUCCAAGCGUGUCUUCCUUGGGGGAUUGAGCCAGGGCUGUGCGGCUUCCUUGGUAGCCUUGCUCCUAUGGGAUGGGGGUCCGUUGGGCGCAGCAAUUGGCAUGUGCGGGUGGCUACCAUUUCAAAGACAAAUGGACCUCGUUGCGCGGGGAGUAGAUGAUAUUGAAGAAGGUGCCCAUGUUGGUGACGAGGACUUUAAUCCCUUUGAAGACUCAGCCGAUAGUUCAGACAACAAUGACAUAUCGAAGUCUCCCAGGCCACCACCGGUCCAAGCAGUGGCUUUCCUAAUGGAGGAACUCGAAAUUUCCUUGCCCAGUACCCUACCCUGCACGCUGCCAUUUCAAGAUACUCGUCUAUUUAUUGGCCAUGGAGUGGAGGAUCAAAAAAUACCUGUAUGCCUGGGAAGGGAGGCAGCAAGCUUUCUAGAUACUAUGGGGAUGGAAGUCACUUGGAAAGACUGGCUUUCAUCUGUUUUUAUAGGACUUACCAUGCCAACAAGUACUUAUUCGCUGGAUUCAUAUUCAAGCCAUCAAAAUUAA